AUGGGUAUCCUAGCGAGGAGAUCAUCAUAUGGCUACUCAAAGUUGGGUAAAGAAGACCCAGAAGAGGUCAUGCAUAGAAGAGCACAAUUCUUGAUCUACAAGGCACUGCAACAAGCAGAUUCCCCUAGAAGAAGGCCAUCUUUGAGACUCAGAUUGUGUAGGUUAAAGAUCAAGAUUGGCAAGAAACUAAAGAAGCUGAGGAAGGGCAUGCUGUUAUCUAUAUCUGUUGCAAGAGUUAGGGUCUAUGAGAAAGUUAAAAGUCAGUGGAAGCGCUUGUUUGGCGAUGGACAGGCCAUUGCUAGUCUUCCUCCUAUGCUGGCCUUGAAUGCUUGA